ACGGUGCACUUGUUGUCUUAUUUAAGAACAGCCAUUACUUCAUUCGAAAACAGUAGUUAACAAGCGUUAGUUAAGAUUCUUUCUGUCCAAGUGAUCGAAUUGUUUAUUUCAUUUAUUAUUCAAUAUAUAAUAUUAUCAACAAAAGCACAAUUAUGUCUCUUCCCAAAACAUUCAUAAAAGGUUUUCAUGAUGAAGAUCUAGUUAAGCGAAUGGAAUAUCGUCCGCUUGGAAAAACUGGCUUGGAAGUUUCUAAAGUGUCACUUGGUGGUGGAACUUUUAGCGGCACAUUUUAUGGGGAAAUUGAUGAAAAUGAGUCAAUUGCAACUAUUCACAAGGCUAUUAAAAGUGGCAUUAAUUACAUUGAUACUGCUCCAUUUUACGGUGAAGGAAGAUCGGAAACAAUUAUUGGAAAAGGUCUUAGAGGCAUCCCAAGAGAAUCGUAUUAUAUUGCUACCAAAGUUGGACGCUAUACAAGAGUGUUCGAAACUAUGUUUGAUUAUUCAGCUAAAAGGACACGAGAAAGUGUUGAAAAGAGCUUAAAGCUAUUAGGUCUUGAUUAUGUGGAUGUUAUUCAGAUUCAUGAUAUUGAAUUUCCAGAAACAUUUGACACUGUUUUAAAUGAAUGUUUGCCAGAGUUAGAAAAACUACGAGAUGAGGGUAAGGUGCGUUUUAUCGGGGUUUCAGCUUAUCCAAUGGAGCCUCUAAAACGUAUUAUCCAAGCUGUUCCUGGGCGUUUUGAUGUGGUCUUAUGUUACUCCCGUUACACACUGCUCGACCAAUCACUCAAGGAUUAUCUACCAUUUUUCCAAGAGCAAAAUCUUGCAGUUAUUUGUGCCGCUGGUCAUGCACUAGGUCUCCUUACCCAAUGCGAUCCACAACCAUGGCACCCAGCAUCAGAGGAAAUCAAAGCUGUCUGCAGGAAAGCAGCAAAUAUUUGCAAAGAUGCCAAUGUCGAUCUUGGCAAACUAGCCAUGUACUACUCCAUGCAACUAACCGAACCGUCCACCUUCCUAACCGGAAUGCAAACCAGGAAACUGCUCGAUAUUAAUUUGCAAUCAUACUUCGAAGGCCUUACAAAAACCGAAGAGGAAGUACUCAAACGAUUAAAGGAAACAGUAUUUACUAAAUCACUGAACUGGGAGGGCGUUGAACUAGAGAUGUAUCGUGCUGCAAUGAAGAAACUAGCUAAAAAGUGAUACCAGUGGAUUCGAUGGAUAUGGAUAGUGGCGUAACCAUUAAGGCUGUUUGGCUUAAACCAUUGCAACCAUUAUUAUUUUAGCUAGUGUACACUGUUAUUAUGAAUUUUAUAUCCGUUAUAUUUGUGGACUACAAUAAGAAACUUGAAUUUUUUUUAAAUA